CUUCCAUGAAACUGACUGGUUGUAGUCGAUAUAUACUGUAUAUUUUGUAUAUUUAUAUAUGAUGAUCACGAACACGAAAGGACGAAGAAGAGAAGAAGAAGAACCUUACAAUUGCUUUUGUAAAUAUUGUAGGUAGUUUAAGGACGUCACUACCUACAUACAUGGAUUUAUGUGGAACUCAGAUGCUGCGCCUCUCAUCGCCUCAUUUCAAAACCCUUCAUUUGGUGAGGCAUGCACAAGGAGUCCACAAUAUAGCAUUAGAAGAGAAGGGAGAGAAACCUGAAUCAGAAAAGCUUUUUGACGCCCACCUUUCUCCAAAGGGUUUGCAACAGGUUUCGGAAAGGCGCAACCAAAUCCUUGAAUCAGGAUUACUUAACACUGUCGAGUUAGUGAUAACCUCUCCGCUGUGCAGAGCAAUGGAAACUUCAAUAGGAAUAUUUAGGGGACAAGGAUAUGUAAAUAUAUCCGAAGACUUUGCAAAAGCUAACAACUUCCCUCCAAUUGUAGCACUUGAGAUCUGUAGAGAACGCAUGGGACUCUAUCCAUGUGAUCGUAGAGCAAGUAUAAGUACUCGCCGCACUUUUUUUCCUGAGAUCGACUUUACAAUGAUAGAGAGUGAUGAAGACGCUCUAUGGCAAGACAAGGAAAGGGAAAAAUUAGAAGAUGUUGCUACUAGAGGUCUUCACUUUGUUAAAUGGUUAUGGGAGAGACCAGAAAAAGAGAUAGCAAUUGUAAGCCACGGGAUUUUCUUGCAACAAACACUUUGUGCGCUGCAUGGAAAAGUUGGCAUACCUCUUGAAGAUAGUCUCCUUACAAGGUUUGCCAAUUGUGAACUCCGGUCGAUUCGGAUAGAGAAGAGGUAACUAAAAUUAGCUUAGGAAAUUGAAGGAACUUUACAAGUAGUGUUGUUUUUAACAAUGUUCACACGUUUAAGUGCAGUGACAUGGAAGCGGAUACAUUAAUGACUUGUAACUGUAGAAAUUACGUUACUCCACCUUCAACUUCCUUCCAUUCACACGCUUGAAUAGAAGGCAUGCAUAUGUUAUAUAUGAACUGUGUUUUCUUUUCCAAGCCACACUCAUGGAUCGGAGUUUCAGAACCAAGGAAAAUCGAAGCUACUAUUCCCAUUUGCCAUUACCAAGCUACCAGCACCAAUACAUUGUAAUCAAUCACUAGUAACAAAAAAAUCUAUAAUUUCAAAGAUACGUUUACAUCGAAAAAAAGAAAGAUAACGUUUGCAAAUGAUAUAAAAGCUUUUCCUUUUUUUUUUUUUUAAUUAUUAUGAAAAAA